GUGGCAGUAUGGCAAGCGACGAGGAAGGUCCCCUCUCCUUCCUGGACCGGCUGCUGGAAGAGGAGAGACAUAGUAAUUUGCAUCUUGGUGAUGUCCGGUUCUGGAAGUACCUGGAGCACAUGGACAGCAGCCACAUAUACCGGACGAAGUCUCUCGAGUACAAGACGAUGAAACUCAUGUUUUGUGAGGGCGUGUUCUUCGCCCUGUUCCUGUUCGUGCUCACCACCUACUUGAUCUCAGAGAAAGCUGGAGAUUUGUACUCAAGCCGCAGGCAGCAGCUCGAUUACUGGGGCGGCUGCACCAUGCAGGCAACCACCCGCCAUUGCAAGGUAAACGAUGUGAAGGAUAUUCCAUCUCUCAUUGGUUGGCUGACAGAUGACUUUGUUCCUCUGGCCUUCACUGACCGUGUCGAAUACCCUUCUGUCGUAAUGUCAAACUCGGUCUUUCGCUUGCAGGAUGGUACGAUGCACUGGACACCGCGCUAUGUGGGGGACACCCAAACCUCGGUGCUCAUCGGCACAAUCCGCAUGAGGCAGGUUCGUGUCCAGUACAGCCAAGCUUGUAGCAUACUGGACGAGCUGGUUGACAUUGGGGUCAUGGAUUGCUUUGCUGAUUAUUCCAAUGCAGUCCAAAGCCGCCUUUCGUGGGCGCCAGCUUGGACGCCUCUUCAUUUGAAGGACCACUACAGCUGGAAGAGCGCUAAUGUAACUGAGCAGCGGGAGUUUGUGGGCAGGUAUGCCGUCUACCCUGGAGAUGGAUUUGUGCUCGACCUAGCGCUGAACCUCACUGGCGCGCAGACCAGGAUGCGGGAGUUGGAGUACUGGAAAUGGUUGGACUUUCGCACACGUGCAUUUAUGAUUGAGUUGAACACCAUCAACCCCAAUGUGAAUAGCUUCGUGCACAGCAGGAUACUCUUUGAAUUUCCAGCUGCGGGCGGCGUGCUCAUCCGUCAGGAGGCCUUCCCUUUCCGCGCUGUACAGCUGUCCUUGGCCCUAAUGGCUGCGGACGACUUUGGCGGCAGCUUUGUUUAUUUGGUCCUAACCUGCGGCUUCAGCAUUCUCUUUGCCAUUUACAACAUAUGGCUGAUCUACAAGAACGGCCUCCGUUUCUUUACAUACUUCUGGUCGAAUGUGGACUUGUUGAGCCUCGUGGUGUGGGCGUGGAUGCUGCUACUGAAGAUUGAGAUCUUCCAAGUGGCGGACACUCUUCCAAACCUGACACCGGAUGUCAUCAGCGAUCCAGAAAUGUUUUACCCCAUUGGUACACUCGUUCCCAACAUGGAACUUGUGAUGGGGCUUCAGGCAUUGCUGGGACUUAUUACUUGGCUCCGAGUCUUGAAGUAUUUGACGCUUUCGCGAACGUUUUUGCCCUUUGUACGCGUCUUUGAGCGCUGUUUCAUAGCCUUGAUCAAGUAUUCAGCGCUACUUUCCGUGGCGCUCUUCGGAUUCGCAGUGGCCAUCUACAUUGGCUUCGGCACAGAGGCUGGCGUUUACAACAGUAUUUGGAGCACUUUCGUUGCGGUGGCUGUGGCACCAGCAGGUGGUGUGGAUUUGGGCCCUGUGACAGACAGGGAUGACAGCUUGGUUGCGCCCAUCAUACUUUUCUCGUACAUCAUCGUGGUUGUCCUCCUGGUGCUGACCACCUUUAAUGCCAUCCAAAUCGACUCGUACAGCGUGACAACGUACGAGCUUUCCACUUUGAGGCGGCACAAAGCUCCGGGCGCUGGCGGCGAUCCGACGAUUAUCUUCAUCUGGACAUACUUGAACGCCUUGAAGGGCGUAAAGCUGGUUGGGAAGGAGACGAACGAGGACAUAGGUGGCCCUCAAGAUCAGGUCAUCAUGCUCAGCUCCUUGCCAGAGCCCGUUGCGACCAGGUACUAUCGCAUGAGAAGGAAAAUGGAGAAGCUCCGGGAUAAAGCGCUAGACAGGAUAGAGGACCUGAAGCGCCAGAAGUUGAUCGAAGCAGGGAUCGGACUGGAGGCGCUUGAGAACACCCGCCGCAGUGGCAGAAGAACGUCCCAGCUGGCCUUGUCAGAUGGGGAUGAGGGGCAUCAUCAUGAGGACGAGGAGGACAGGAUCCCCACCUCCAUGGAAAUGGCCGGCAUCAUGGUGAACCGGGUGCAACUCCAGCGAAUGCUGGAUGAGGAUCCGAGGCUCGCAGAAAUUUGUUCCUCGGACAAGGCGGUCGACGUUGUUCGACGAUUCCGGGUAGACCAAACUGGAGAUGAUCCCUUCGAGGUGGUUGCCAGGCUCCAGGCUUCAGUGGCGGAGAAGCUGGAUGCCAUAGAAAGCAUGAGCUCUGAUCUUGCUUUCGACGAAGUUGAGACGCUGCGGGUCAUGUCUCAGGAGCUCCACAGUGCCCUCACCGAGUCGCAGAAGGAGACUUUCACGUGCCGAAAUCCGGGCCGCGGUGAUUUGGAUCCAGGGCUCCACGGAUCCGACGUGCUUGCCCUUGCAACUGAGCUGCCAGAUGGAAACAUUGCAUGGGUGCGGACGUGCUUGGUGAAGUCUUGCACUGAACAGGGUGUCUGCGACAUGCUCGCCAUGUGCUUCAUGGGCUUUGAAAGCCCCAUGGUGCUGGGAGCGAUGCGAUGGUCCUUCCAGAGACCAUUGGAUCUGAGGACUCCGGCCAAGAGGACGGCGCUCCCUCGACUGAGCUGGGAUGCCUUGUCAGUGAGACUCUGGCUCUGGCCUCAACAGAGAAAAGAAGCUUUGACCACGGCUGGCCCGGCAGUCUUGGUCGGCUUGCUCUUCCUGCCAAACAUUAUUGGCAAUGCUUUAGGUCUUCGUGGAUUCUUUGGGCAUCGAGGAAGCGGCCCUGCUUGCCUCGUGGCGCUCGUGCUUGCUUUGGUGGUAUCCUUCCACCUCCUCUGGCUUCUGUUGCGCCGGAAGAAAGUCAUCUGUAGCCUGCUCCUUCUUGGAUGCCUGACAGGUUGCUUCUGUCUCAGCCUGCCCGUGCUAUUGGCCUUGCCAGCCUCGCGGCAACUGGAAGCUGAGGUCCUUCGGCUGUUUCCAGUCACCCUGGAGGGUGGCCGCGAAACUGCCUUCAGCCUGGGUACUUGGCUGAUGGGGCCACUCGCUGCUCAGGACGUAGACUUCAAAAAGCAUGGUGACACUGUUCCCAUGGGAUGGCCGCACUUGCAGGUGGGCACCUGCAAGCUUCAGCAUCCACAGCAGUCCGUACCCUUCAAGACGAUCUCCCCACCGCCAGGGUGCUCAUUGCGACGUUUUGUGAAGAGAUGUGGUUUCGACGGCCCUCUUUUCCUGGACGUCUACAAGCCCAACGAGCAGAAAGGUGUCCCGCCGGCUGAAGCUAAACCUGCAAUUGUCUUCGUUCAUGGUGGCUGGUGGUAUACCGGGGACCGGACCUGGCACCACAAGUGCUUCUUCCAACAUUUUUUGCAUCGUGGCUUCGUGCUGGUCUCGGUGGGGUAUCGGCUCACAAAAGAUGGCUAUGUUGGUGAAGAGAUCGUGGAAGAUGUAAUUGAUGGCCUCAUGUAUGUUGUGAAGCAUUCCGCGGAAUUCGGCAUAGACAAGCAGAGAAUCAUUGUGCAAGGCGAGUCCGCUGGUGGCCAUUUGGCAGUGCUGGCUUCACUGCUGGUGCCCUCAGGCCACGUGCGCGGUGUAGUUGAUCUUUGGGGCAUCCAAGAGCUUCGACAAGGAUACGCCUCCAACGUAGGCAACAACUGGCCCGAAGCAUAUGCCCUUUUCUGCGGCGGAGAUCCUCUUGCGAAGCCAGGCUGCUAUCACAAUCUGUCGACCACCACGCACGUGUCACAGAAGUGCCUGCCUUUGCUCUGGGGGGCGGGGGACUUUCAGAUCUGGCGGGGUGACGCCGAGGCUUCCACUGGCACUGCCAGUGCUGCGCAACUGUACCAGCAGAGGGAGCUUGCCAAGUUGGAUGUCUUGCUGGAGACAGACCACUGCAGUCUUCCGCUGGCUCCCAAGGCCCAGGUAGGCUCUGCGAUUUUCGAUCGCCACCGCGUGCAUGGAAUCUUGCUCUCCGAUGCGGGCAUUGCUUUUACUUGGGGCGACAACCGAUUUGGCCAGCUUGGCAGAGAGCCAGUGGCCAAAGAGGAAAAUGGCAGGCCAUUUCCAGUGAAGGGCUUGGUUGGCUAUGAAGUUACACAGGUCUCUGCAGGAAUGCGCCACUGCUUGGCACUGGUCUCGCCUGGCUUGGUCUGGUCCUGGGGCCGGAAUAAAUCUGGGCAAUUGGGCGUCGGCGACUACAGGGACCGGACGCAGCCUGUCAAGGUCUGUCACCCGCCUGUCACCGACAGCCCGGAUGAGUGCGGACUGCAGCUUGGUGCCAACAAGAAUGGCCAGAUCAUUUCAGUCUCUGCCGGUGCAGAUAGCUCGGUAGCAGCCGCCCUCAACUCCAACAUCUGGCAGUGGGGAGAGAUCUCUGACGGCUUUCAGGACCAGCUGGCUAACACCGACAAAUCGGACAAGUCUAAGAAGAGCAGCAUUGCUGUUGUCAAAAACAGGCCCUUCCGCGUUUUUGAGGAGAAGGAGUUCCGCUCGCAGAUGCGGGCAGGAAGAGUUUCGAUCUCGUCCACAGGGUGCAAGGUCCUCCACCAGGACACAUACACCGACAAAGUUCGAGUGGAGACGCUGGUGCAAGGCAUUGUGUCCAUGCAGGAAAGCAUCAACAAGGAGCGGCUAGAGAUCGCUGCUUUGGAUGCCCAGCAAGACAAGCAGAAGGAUGGGGAGGCACAUGCCGGGGGCGAAGGCGAGGAUGAGCUGGACACCCUUCAGGACACGAUUGGCGAGCUUGAGCAUGACAUCAUGGUGCACGAGCGGGAGAUUGGCGCGCUUACCAAGAGCUUGGAGAGCUGCGACCUCCGCCAGGCCCACAAUCGCAAGCAGCUCCAGCAGCUGCAGCAGCAGGGCACCUCCUUGCACGACAGGCAGGAUCAGGUUUCCCUCCAGAUCUCUAUGGCUCCAAAAGCUGGCGCCGAGAGGAGGAAGCUGGAAGAGCAGCUAGCCGAGGUUGAAGAGUUCGUGCAGGCGAACAAGAACACACGCAUGACGCUCCUGGACCAGAGGGCCGAGACUGACAAGGAGAAGCAAAGCAUUGCUGCCCAGCUGGCUGACUUGCGCAGGCAGAAAGACCGCGCACAGCGAAGGCUGGAAAUAGUUCGCGACCUGAGCAAGUCAACACAGGCGACAACCUCUGGAGCAUCGGAUCUCUUGAUCAAGGUCUUGCACCAGCAGACUACGGAGAUCGAAGAGUACUUCGAGACUCGGCGGGACACCUCCAAGGAGGACAAAGACUUCUUGGCAGCCAUGAAGAUCCUGGAGAUGGACAAAGCCUUCCUGGACAGGGUGGAAAACAGGAUGAAAGACAAGAUCAAGGAAGUUUCCGAGGGCCCUGCCCGCAGUGGCGACAGAUCACGGAGCGAACGUGCACAGAUGGUUCUCCAAAUGUUGUCCGACCUGGUGAACCUCCGAAAGUCCUGGUGUGAAAUCCUGCAGGACCACUGGGCCACAGAUGGCCUGGACCUGUCGUGUUUCUUCAAAGGCUCCAAGAAGCCUUCACCAUCAGAGAUGCCGGUGUUGACGGAGGACGACCAGGAGGCUCCUGCCUCGCUGCUGGCCUCGCCACUGCCGAACCUCACGCUGCCUUUCGGCAUGUCUCCAGACGAUGCCAUGGCAGAUGGGCGGCGGUAG